UCCUCCUCUCCCUCAGUUUGGGAGCCGAAGCGAGAGUGAGGCGAGUCGGUGUUUACUUUACCUGUCGGGAUACCGGGUAUCGCUACCAUAUGAGCGCUUUGGAUUAGAUUUAUUCAUUCUCAGCCUGCCUCAGAUUAAACUCCCCCCCUACUAUGGAUACAAACGUGGCGUCGCGGAGGGAAGAACGUUCUUUAAAUCUCUCUUUUCGUCCCGACAGCUUCUUUUGAUUUUAAGCGCUGCCCCGGAGCAGGACCCGGACUGUGUUUUUCAGCACACCUGACGGGGGUAAAUAAAUAAAGGCUGUCUUCUUUUUAUUUUUUAUUUUUUCUUUGUUUUUCUUCUUAUCUCCUCCACGUUUUCCUCACGGUCCUCCUUAUUCGUAACUUUUUUUUUUUUUUUUUUUUUUUUUUGUGGGGGAAGUUUUGGCUCCCCUGUGCAGCGGAGGCGACUGGCGGAGUCAGGGCUGACCACUGGAGCUGGUCCUGAAAAAUGGAGGCUGUUAUCGAGAAGGAAUGCAGCGCUCUCGGAGGUCUCUUCCAGACGGUCAUUGGAGACAUGAAAAGCAGCUGCCCUAUCUGGGAAGAUUUUAUCACCAAGGCUGGAAAACUGCAGGCACAGCUCAGGGCGACAGCGGUGGCUGUGACCGUCUUCCUGGAUGCUUUCCAGAAAGUGGCCGACCUGGCUACCAACUCAAGAGGUGGCACCAGAGACAUCGGGUCGGCGUUGACCAAGAUGUGCAUGAGGCAUCGCAGCAUAGAGGCUAAACUCAAACAGUUCUCAAUGGGCUUCCUGGAGGGUCUGAUCAACCCGCUGCAGGAACAGAUGGAGGAGUGGAAAAGGGGUGUCAACACUUUAGACAAAGACCAUGCAAAAGAGUACAAACGAGCUCGACAGGAAAUCAAGAAGAAGUCCUCAGACACGCUAAAACUUCAGAAAAAGGCGAAAAAAGCAGAUAAUCAUGGCCGUGGCGACUUCCAGCCCCAGCUGAACAGCGCCAUGCAGGAUGUGAGCGAUAAAUACAUUCUUCUGGAAGAGACCGAGAAGCAAGCUUUGAGGAAGGCUCUCAUUGAGGAGAGACAAAGAUUUUGCUGUUUUGUAGCUUUGCUGCAGCCUGUAGUGGAUGAAGAGAUCGCCAUGUUGGCAGAGGUUACCCAUCUCCAGACCAUCUCUGAGGACCUCAAGGCCCUGACCUCUGAUCCACACAAACUUCCCCCUGCUAGUGAACAGGUCAUCUCGGACCUGAAGGGCUCAGACUACGGUUGGUCGUAUCAAACGCCACCUUCCUCCCCGAGUACCACCAUGUCCAGAAAGUCCAGCAUGUGCAGUAGUCUGAACAGCGUUAACAGUAGUGACUCCAGGGGUUCCAGUGGCUCUCACUCUCACUCUCCUUCCUCCUCUUCUUCCUCCUCUUCCUCACAUCACCUCUUUCACCAUCAUCACCCCUGCCAUCGAUACCGCAGCUCCACGUUACCCCUGCAGGCCCCGGCUCGGCUCUGUAGCAUCUCUUCCCACGACUCGGGCUUCAUUUCUUCAUCGCAGGACCAAAACGCGUCGUCCAAGUCGUCUUCGCCCAUGCCAGCUGAACCGAAGUUGUCCAAUGGUUUCGACCACUACAGCCCAGCCAGUCCCUCCUACCUGCAUAGCAAUGGGGGGAGUUUGGGCUCAGUGUCAGGCACUGCCUUCCCAUUCUUCCCCCCAUCCUCCCCCUCGUCCUCCUCUUCCUCCUCCUGCCCCACUCGUUCCUGGUCACGUCCGGCCUCAGCCUUGCUGCCGGACUAUCCCAACUACAGCACGUUGGGUUCUCCGAUGGUACCUUCAUCAAAGGUCCCCAGCUGGAAGGACUGGGCGAAGCCCGGGCCGUACGACCAGCCAAUGGUCAACACGCUGAGGAGGAGGAAAGACAAGGAAGGCCCAGCUCUGGUGGACAAUAAUGGGAGCAUAAACGGAGGUAACAGCCCCCCUUCAGGCCAGACAUCCAUCUCAGCACCUCCUCCUGCUCAGAUGCAGAUGCAGACACCAAGCCAGCAGGAGGAGAAGAACAGGAUGAUAAAGGCUGAUGAUCUAGAGGCCCAGAAUGAGCUGGCCCUGGCUUUAUCCCGGGGUCUGGUGCUGGACACCCAGAGAUCAAGCAGAGACUCCAUCCAGUGCUCCAGCGGCUACAGCACACAGACCAACACACCCUGCUGCUCUGAAGACACUAUACCAUCACAACUUUCAGAUUAUGACUACUUUUCCAUGGCUGGAGACCAAGAGCCUGAGCAGCAGCAGCAGCAGCCGCCGCCGUCUGACUUUGACAAGUCCUCCACCAUCCCUAGAAACAGCGACAUCGGCCAGUCCUACAGACGCAUGUUCCAGACCAAACGGCCAGCCUCCACCGCCGGCAUGCCCAGCACGCAGCCCCCUUAUCCUGGACAGGGGACCUACCACGGAGGGGCCUAUCCUUCUACACCGGUCCACACAGGAACCUAUCCUUCUGCUCCUGCUGGGCAAUACACAGCUACAUCUACUGGUCACGGUCCAGUCAUCGUCACCCCUGGAGUCGCCACAAUCCGCCGCACCCCCUCCUCCAAGCCCUGCGCCCGUCGCUCAGGCUCUGUGGGUGGAGGCCCCAUUCCCAUCCGUACUCCGGUCGUGCCUGUGAAAAUCCCUACGGUGCCCGACGUGUCGGGAACCGUUAACGGGAGCCGGAGUCCAGAGGUGAGCGGAGGAGGCGAGGAAAGCUCGCAUUCCCCUACGUUCGUUAGAGCGGACGAGGCUAACGCGCUCCCCGCGGCGUCCUGGAGCGGCCAGGCCUCCACCAACCCUCCGCCUGUCGCCCUGCCCGACCAGCUGCUCCAGCAGCACCAGGGAGGCGGAGAGGAGGCCGGCGAACCAGACGAAGGCAACAUGCUUCUGGCUAUCCGCAAGGGGGUCAAGCUCAAAAGAACCCUCACCAACGAUCGGUCGGCUCCACGCAUCGCCUGACCGCGCCAUCCGACAGGAAGGCCCGGGAUCACAACAAUCGUGAUCUUUUCAUUUGGAGCAAAAGCUUUAAAGCAAGAAAAAUAUGUUUUCUGUGUUGUGAGGAGACAACCUCUGGUACUGAAGGUUCACUUGUGAGAAUAUGUCACCUUAAAAAUGUUGACUCAGUACAGAUGUUUUUUUGUUUGUUUUUUUUGUCCAUCAGAUCCGUCAGAUAUAGCCAGAAAUGUUGUUUUGUGCACCAGAAGUAGAAGCGGUUGUUUCUGUAUAAGAUGGGUAAAUGUACAAAAGAGCAAUAAAGCAGCCCCAGCAUCCCUCACAUGACAUCAAAUGAAGAUAAACCAAAACAUCUGUUAUCUCAGCAGGGUUGGCUCCAUGUAGUGGAUCCGUAUGAGGAUGAGCUUCUGUGAAUAUGUUUCUAAAAGAGGGGACAAAGGACUCAGCUGUCCAUAAUUCUGUCUUUUCUCAGAGUAAAAUAACCACUGUGUCUUUAGUGCGCACCCUCAAUGUGUCUGGAGUUCAUUUCCCCAUCCUGAACCCAGUCUUAGAAUUUAGGGACUUUUGAACAUCACUGCCUUGAGGCCUCCAAGAGGCCGACGUUCAGGUUCUGUUGAAGGCACCGAGCUGAAGAAAGAUGGGACGCACACACAGCUGUCUUCCACUCAGAGACGUAAACGCAGCACACAUCAGACCACAGAGCCGCCGCGGACCGGAGAGGCCGACCCAGAAAGCCGCGGCAAAGAGCUGCAGGCUGGCUUUGACACAUGCCUGAGUGGCUGGAGGCCACUAAUGUAGAGCGGAAAUAGAAAUAGAAGUAGGGAGCUUUGUUCUGAAAUCUUUGCUCUCUUUAUUGUGUUCAUAAUUUGUAAAUAAUUUAGCACAUCUCAGCGGAGGACGAAUGUGUUGGUUCUUCACAUUCUUUGCUUAUCUGCUGCAUUGUCCUUUUUCUACCUGCUCGUUCAGAGGACCCAACUUUAUAGUUUCCAAACUUUUAAAAAGGCUGCGAUGGUCAUUAUCCUGCCCUGCAUUGAUGUGGGUUUUUGGUUAAGUUGUCCUCCAGGGUUUCUAAUUUGUUUGUCCCGCAGUCUGCAUGCAGAGAUUUGUAGGAUUAUAUAAACGCGUCUAAGCGUACCAGGGUAUCUGUGUGCCAAAUCAAAAGACAACAUAAAUUUAUAUUGAGACAAACUAUUUUUGAUGUAAAGAUUCUCUGGUAAAAGUUAUAUAAAAAACAUACUUUUUUUGUUUCCUUUACACAAGUAACAAAGAUGUACUUCUGAUUUAACAUUGUCCAUCUUUUUGCAAUGCCGUCCCACUAUGUACAGGUAUUAUUUCCCUUCCUGAAGAAUCAAAAUGUAUAAUUUAAAAAGUAUGAAUAUAAGUGGCUUUUUUGUUUUUUGUUUUUUUUUGUUGUUUUUUUUUAAAUCUGUCCUUUGACAAGAUUUUCAGAUAUGAGAUUAAUCCUCAUAUCGCAGCAUUAGACUAUAAGCUAAAGAGGCGAGUUAUUGCUACUAAGUCUGUAAUUGAUUUGCAUUUCAGUUCAAGCACUGUGAGAGCGUGGCAACUACGAGAUGUAUGAAAGUGUAAAUAAUUUUCACCGUUGGUCAGUCCAGGAAGUCACACACACGUUUUAAUUUAUUUUCUUUUUCAGUGUUUUCAUUCCGUCUAGGUUCUUAGCGUAUUUCUUCAUUCAUUCAUAUAUAUAUAUAUAUAUAUAUAUAUAUAACCUCCUAAAAAUGAUCAGAGUAAAUUAAUUGCUCAUCAGGUCCGGUGUGAGAAAGAUAUGAGACACAUGUGCAGAUAUUACGCUUUAAAGAGAGAAUGGCUGUUUAACUGAGUCAAGUGUGCUUCAGUAUUAUAAGUUCAGAGUUCAUGAUUGUGUAAUGAAAUUAUUGUACAUUUUUUCUCUGAGUUGGUUUAAAAAAAAAGGUGUAUUCUUUCAGUUUUUAGCUGUCCGGUUAUUUCUGACAUGGCUGAACAGAGAGUGGACUAACAUAAAAAUAUGCCUGAAAAUGACAGCUAUUCCCUGAAGGUAAUUUAAUUUUAUCAUUUGUCCAUUUUUUCCCCCCCUGUCUAAAUAUCUAAAAUAUCCUAGCAACCAGUGAUUCCUUUAUUGAAAAAUUUUAUCAUAAAAAUGUUAUAUUUCCAAGUGUCAGUAUAUCUUAGGAGUAAGAAGUUUAUAGUUUGUAAACAUGCAGUUUAGCCUGCGAUAUAGUUUAGUUUUUAGCUCAUUUCCUCUGAGCGGAGAGUUGACCUCUCACCGCCUGUCCCUGUAUAGUUCAAGCUUUGAUGCGAUUUAUAUUACGAGACAAAAGUGGCAACUUUGGAAAUGUAAUAAAAAGAGUAAUCAACGUGCCUUGA